AUGUGUGGGUGGGGAAAAUAGGAAAGAGAGAGAGGCAUCUUCACGAGUGUCUGGGGCUCCGCUUUCCUUGAUUCCUUGGCACAUUCUCUUCCUCUGGACCCCUUUAUAUUCUUCUAGCCACCCAUCAGAAAAACUAGAAAGUUUUAGGGGGCAAAAAAAAAAAAAAAAACUACUCAUCCCAGGAUAUUGAAAAACUUUUCAUUUUAGAACAGACAUCUCGCAAAUUCACAAGAAUGACGGUUUCAGCUACGGGAAACUCUUCAGACAGUAUUCCCUCUCUGACUCAGGCUGCUGCUCUUGAAGCAGUACUGUUUGAUGUUGAUGGAACUCUUUGUGAUUCAGAUCCCAUUCAUUACUAUGCUUUCCGUGAACUGCUUCCAGAGACAGGAUUCAAUGGUGGUGUUCCAAUAACUGAAGAAUUCUACGUUCAGAAUUUUGCUGGGAAGCACAAUGAUGAUGUUGCUGCUAUUCUUUUCCCUGAUGAUAUUGAAAGGGGCCUUAAAUUCUGUGAGGACAAGGAAGCUAUGUUUAGAAGGUUAUUAACCAUAUUCUUAUAUACCAUCUUACAACUUUUAACUUUAUGUCCACCGCUGGGGAUUGUUCAGUUUCCACCUGUCUUAGACGUUCUUUUGGUCGGAAAAUACAGAUUGGCAAAGGAGCAACUGAAGGCCGUUGAUGGCCUCUACAAACUACGGAAGUGGAUUGAAGAUCGUGGUUUGAGACGCGUUGCUGUUACCAAUGCUCCAAAGCCCAAUGCCGAACUGAUGAUCUCACUACUUGGCCUUUCAGACUUUUUUGAAGCUGUUAUUCUUGGAAGUGACUGCACCCGUGCAAAACCAUUCCCUGAUCCCUACUUGAAGGCACUCGAAAUACUGCAAGUGUCCAAGGAUCACAGUAUCAUCUUUGAGGAUUCUUUUUCUGGAAUCACAGCCGGUGUUGCAGCUGGGAUGCCUGUUGUUGGCUUAACAACAAGAAAUCCUGAGAAUUUGCUUAUGCAAGCAAAGCCUGCACUGCUCAUAAAAAAUUAUGAAGAUCCAAAACUCUGGGCAGCACUGGAAGAGUUUGAUAAGAGAGCUGGCAGAUCAACAGAUACUGCAUUUGCUAACAAGUGAAGAGCAGUGCAAUAUGACCCCCUUGGUAUAUGCAAUAACUACAGCCCAGAACAGCUUCAUAUCCUCUCCUCUCCCUGUUGAAUUGAGGAAAUUUACAGGAUUGAUUGAUGGCGAUGUGAUAUUGGCUUUGGCCACCACAGUUCGAGUCCUUGGACUUGUAAACGUCAAUAUCAACAUUUUGAAGUAUUUUAAGGUUAAAAAUUUCGUGGACACAACUAAAUCAUUGAGAAAUGAACAUCUGUCAAAUCUCUCUUGCUCUAAUUAUUCUAAACGAUCAACAUAAAAGUA